UCCUUUCUGGCUUGUGUAGACCCUUCCUGGAAGUGAAGUUGUGGAAUCCGGACCUGCAGUCCUGCCCGUUCCAAGCGCGGGGUUUGGGUGUGAUCACUAAUGGGCAAAGGGUUUGGGCUCCUGAGGAAAACCUGCCAGUCAGUUGUGGCUAAUCCUCAGCAGCACUCAGCUCUGGAGGAAGAGAAGAACAUGAAGAGGAAGAGAGUGCUGUCUAGAGAACUCUGCAGUGCCUGGGACCGCCCUCAUGGUUUCGUUGGGUUACACAACAUCGGUCAGACAUGUUGCCUUAACUCCUUGAUUCAGGUGUUCGUGAUGAAUGUGGACUUCAGGAUGGUAUUGAAGAGGAUAACAGUGCCACGAGGGGUAGAAGAGCAGAAGAGAAGUGUCCCCUUCCAGCUGCUUUUGCUGCUGGAGAAGAUGCAGGACAGCCGGCAGAAGGCAGUGCUGCCCACGGAGCUCGUUCAGUGCCUCCAGAAAUACAACGUGCCAUUGUUUGUCCAGCACGAUGCUGCUCACCUCUACCUUACAAUCUGGAACCUGACUAAGGACCAGAUCACGGACAUAGACUUGGCAGAGCGGCUGCAGGAUCUGUUCACAAUCUGGACCGAGGAGUCCCUGAUAUGCGUGGGCUGUGGAGCAGAGAGCAGCAGGAGGGGCAAGUUGCUCACUCUCUCUCUUCCUCUUUUUGAUAUGGACUCAAAGCCCCUGAAAACACUGGAGGAUGCCUUGAGAUAUUUCUUCCAGCCCAAAGAGUUAGCAAGCUCAGACAAGUGCUUCUGUGAGACCUGCGGGAAGAAGACGCCUUGCAAACAGGCUCUGAAGCUGACUGGUUUCCCUCAGACCUUGACCAUCCACCUCAUGAGAUUCUCUGUCAGGAACUCACAGACAGUAAAGAUCUGCCACUCGGUGUACUUCCCGCAGAGCUUGGAUUUCAGUCAGAUUCUGCCAACCACGGAUCAGUCUGAGAUACACUAUGAACUCUUUGCCGUGAUUGCCCACGUUGGGAUGGCGGACUUCGGUCAUUACUGUGCCUACAUCCGGAAUCCCGUGGAUGGAGAAUGGUUCUGCUUCAAUGAUUCACAUGUUUGUUGGGUGACCUGGAAGGAUGUCCAGUGUACCUAUGGGGAUCACAUAUAUCGUUGGAGGGAAACCGCCUAUCUCUUGGUUUACAUGAAGACUGGAUCCUGACAGAUAUACUCACACCUUUCUCCUCUCCUGUACCCACAUCUGCUGCAUUUCAACGAGAAUCGUAAUUUAAAAACCAUAAUUAAGCCCUAUUUAUAAGCAAGGAUUAUUAUUAUUGCUGUGGCUUGGCUGUAGUUUGUCUCCCGACAGCUCACACACAGAAGGCUUGGUCUUUGGUAUGGAGGCGUUUGGGUGACAGAACUUUUAAGAGACAGGGCCCAGUGGGAGGUAAUCAGUUCAUGGGAUCUCUCUUCUGUGCACUAAUAGUUCCUUUUCUGUUUCUCCGUGGUGAUGCAAACAGGGUGAUCCAACAUGCCAGUACCAAGCUGGUUGGAUCCUCUAGCUUUCAAAAUUCCAAGUCAAAUAAAUGUUAUUACACACUA